CCUAACUGUGAUAAGGAGUGGAGUUAUGCAGAGGUUCGUAAAAUGGCACUACUGACCCCUGAGGAAAUGGAGCACUUUGAAAAGACCAUGGCCUUAAAUGCUGCCAAGCAUUUCUUCGAUUCCAAAUUAUGUCCUGGAUGCAACUCAUCUGUUGUGAGAAAGGAUGUAUCCAACCUGAGUGUUUGCUGCAGCUUGUGCACCAGAAAAAAAGGUCAGAACUACGAAUUCUGCUGGCAGUGCUUGAGGGAAUGGAAGGGUACCCGGCCACGGUCAGACCGAUGCGAUAAUGAUGGCUGCAGCAAUGAAGCACUAAAAGCCCUGAAAAACUGUGAAGAUAUCAUCUUUGAGUCUGUGAAGGAUGUCAGUGGUUGUCCCUCCAUUCGUGCCUGUCCCACCUGUGGGUCACUGGUGGAGCAUAACAGAAAGAAAUGUAAAAAUGUCAUCUGCCCCAGAUGUAAGAUAGAGUUCUGUUUUGUAUGCUUGAAUCUCACUAGUGAAUGUGCAGGGAAGACACGUCAGUAUUUUGGAGCAUGCUCCAGUGGUGUUGCCCCUAGGCAGACUUCCAUACCUGUAUGGCAGCAGAAAUAA